UAUAUAGGGGUGGUUAUUGGGCGGGUCAUUGCGGGUCAUAAGCGGGGCAAGUUGAUUGCGGGUCAUGAUGAUUAUUUAGUGGGUGAGGGUCGGGUUAGGGUCAAUAAAGGUCAUGGUCGGGUUAGGGUUGGGGUAUAAGUGAAGUGGGCCAUUAACGGGCCUUUACCCACAUACUUCCAUUUAGCUGCUAAUAUGAACAUGAACAAAAAAUAGCAAUGCAUAUUCACAUCAAAAACCCAGAAAAUAUAAAAUAUAAAUAUUACUUAAAAAACAAAAAUAAAACCCCAAAAUUCCUGAUUCAUCUUUUCAAUUUGGUUUAAUUAAAAUAAAAAAUUGUGAUUGUGAAUUGGAAUUUUAAUGCACUGUAUAUAAGGUACCAACCACCUCUAGCACCACCAAACCAACGCCAUGAAUAAGAUAACUCAUACAAUUUCUCUUCAUUUUCUCUCUCCUAGGGUUUCCACUUCUUCUCUUCUCCAUCAAUGGCGUCCAAGCCAUGGCUGCAACCUACUACUACGUACAAUCCAUAAGAAUCGUUUUGGGAUUCCGACGAAGAUGCGCUUGAUCCUCGUUGUGGUCAUACCCUUACCACCGUCGCAGCUACUAAAUUUGGAUGCUCGAAAGCUCGAAAAUGCUGAUUAGAUUACUCUUAGGAACGAAUCAAAUAUGCAAGAAUUUGUAAAUCAAUUGAACAAUUUUAGGGUUUUUAUUUUUUCUUCAGAGCAUCGAAAAGAGGGGAUGAACGAAAUUGGAUAUAUUUUUUUUUUAUUAAUUCGUUUUAAUUUUUAAAAAAAAUUGGGUUUAUUCUUUCUAACAAUUUGGCCCAUUAAAUUAGCCCUUAAUUUUUUGUUUGAUAUUAAUGGGUUGUCAAUUAAAGCCUUUUUUAAGUACCUCUAACAAGUUUUAUUUUUAUAUUAAUCAAUCUAGUUUAAUUAUGCAAUUACAAAUCUGAAAUGUGCUGUCAUUAGCUAUGACCUAUUUAAUAACGCAUGCCACAAUUAUAAAGAGUCAACAACAGCAUUUGUGCUAGUUGUUUCAGUUUGUCUUGAAAAACAGCUCAAAAUACUGUACUCUACUCUCUUUCACUACUCAGCUAGAGUCAUAGAGAUAUCAACAUAACCGAUUCAUGGGAGCUUGGUCAUCAAGAUCACGGCCCGAAGUCGUACGUGGCCAGGAGAGUGACAAUGGUAGCGCUAGAUUCUUGUGUCGGCGUGCAAGAGGGCGAGUGGAGAGCAAGUUGAAGGACCUAGGAUGUUACCUGCCAUUGUACAAAGCUGUAAUUAAAGGUGACUGGAAUGAAGUCAGGAAAUUCUUGGAUGAAGACCCGGAAGCGUUGAUGGCUAAGAUCACCAUAGAAUCCGAAACAGCACUUCACAUUGCAGUAGGCACGGGAAAACAUCUUGAGUUUGUGGAGAAAUUGAUAAGGAGGAUGUCCCCUGAAGAUUUGGCACUCACUGAUCAAAAUGGAGAUACUCCUCUUUCAGUAGCUGCAGCGGUUGGCAAUGAUCAAGCAGCUAAAUUAUUAGUCAGUAAAAAUCCAGAGUUGCCUAAUAUUUCUGGAAAAUCAGGCUUGCCUCUUCAUAGGGCAGCGCAGUAUGGCCAUGAGAAAAUGAUUUCGUAUUUGUUGGAAGUUACAAGAAAUGAUAUGGAGUCUUGUCCUUAUGCUGGCGAAUCUGGCGGCAAACUCCUAAUUAAUAUUAUUACUGCCGAAUUUUUUGACAUUGCUCUCGGUUUGGUUGAGAAGUACCCGGAGAUGGCCACAGCUGAAGUGCAUGGUAUGGGUUCCCCCCUGUCUGUGCUAGCCAGGAAGUCUAAUGUUUUUCCUAGUGGUGCCGAUUCUUGGUGGAAAAUAUUUAUACGUUAUCACGUUAAAAUCCUUAAAUUUAUUAAACAACUCCGACGUAGAGAUAAGAUGCAACAUGACGCCCUCGAGCUUGUCAAAAGCUUAUGCUCGGAGAUAUUAGAGUUGGAUGAUGCCAAAGCUUUCUCUUUACUCCAACAACCACUUUUGAUAGCCGCUAGGUUAGGCACUCAUGAGAUUAUUGAAGAGAUUGUUGAUGUAUUUCCCUCAGCAAUAUGGGCUUCAGAUGAGGAGAACCAUAACAUGUUUCAAUUAGCUGUCUUACAUCGCCGGGAAAAUGUUUUCAAUCUCAUAUAUCAAAUGAGCGAGUACAAGAAUCUAAUUACAAGACAUAUAGAUAACCCAGAUAAUAAUAAUAUAUUACAUUUGGCCGGGAAGUUACCAUCCUUGGACCGGCUUAAUCGUGACUCCGGUGCAGCCUUACAAGUUCAACGGGAGUUAAAAUGGUUUAAGGAAGUGAAGAAAUAUGUGCAGCCUGGACAAAAAGAGGCAAUGAAUAAAGAUGGAAAAACCCCAUGGAUGGUUUUUGGGGAGUCACACGAAAAAUUAAUGAAAGACGGGGAAAAAUGGAUGAAGGCUACAGCGCAAUCAUGUACAGUUGCCGCGACACUGAUUGCAACAGUAGCGUUCAAUGCAGGACUAAAAGUUCCUGGAGGUGAUAGCAAUGAUGGUCUUUCCCAAUUUUUUAAUCAUACUGCCUUUGGUGUAUUUGCUGUAGCAGAUGCAAUCUCUCUUUUCUCCUCAGUUAGUACCAUCCUUGUGUUUUUAUUAAUCCUAACAUCACGUUACUCGGAAGAAGACUUCAGAUUGAUACUGCCAGCGGGAUUAUUCGUUGGAAUGACCAUGCUUUUCAUUUCCAUAAUAAGCAUGAUGGUAGCCUUUGGCUCAGCUAUCUACCUUGUGUUCGGUCCUCAUAGGGCUAAGGUUGUGAUUCCGGUGGGUUCGGCUCUUGUUCUGCCUUUCACCUUGUAUGUGCUAUUGCGCCCUCUAUAUCAUAUGAUUAAGUACAAAACUAUUGGUCCUAGCAUUUUUGGCAAGCAAAGUGACCGUGAACUUCACUAAGUAGUUAUUCUUUUUUUUUAAGCACCUGCUUCCUACAAACCAAAAUGUUUAAGUUUAUUACAUGGGGAAUGUUGGGGUGUGUAUCCCACAUUGAAGAAAUUAGAUAGUUGUACUUAUACGCUAAGCUAAGUGUCAUAUGAAGUACAAUUUUGGGUGGAACCACCUCGAACUAAUAAAGUGGAUACUCAUGACAGGUGCGGCCCAUGCUCAUUUAGGACGCUUGGAUCAAGUGUACUUCUAAUCUAAGUUUCAAAUUCAGCUUCUUUAAUUUGAAGGAAAAUAAUUUCCAGAGGUUUUUUUUUACAAGUUUCCAGAGGUUAAAAUUAAAUAAAAUCAUUUGAUAUAGAGGGCGCAAUAAUACAUAAAGGUAUGAUUGUUAUA